GUCGUGCUUGCCGUUGCUGCCGCCACCGCUUCAGUUCCCGUCCGAUCGGAAUGCAGUGUAUUGGUGGUGGCUCGUCGGCGACUCACGCGCGCAUCACGCUAACUCCGCCGCCGUCGUUCCGUUAUCAAUAAUUUUCGCGUUUUGGCUGCUCUCACGUGUGUGCCGAUAACACCGAUCGUGUCGUGCUGUGCGAUCCAUAUCCAUUGACUUUGUCUGACCGGCUUUGGCAGCACCAGAAAUCGAUGCUACUGAUCGUUGUCAGUUGACCACGGUCGCCGCCACGACGGCAUUUGUGCAGUGCCUACCGCUGUCCGAACGACACGUCACCGCUGCACGGUCGAGCGCAAAAGAGCAGCGACUGCAAUAACGGACGUCCGCCGCGGUACGAACGUGCGGCGGACAUGCACACUGUGCGCGCCGCCAGCGUAACGCCAUGCCGGAGCUGUCGCCGGGCGCGUUGUUGUUUUUUUCCACAUCCGCCGCCCCCGACGACCACCGACAUCGUUAUCGCUGUCCUCCCGACAACGACUUUGGAGCGUCGUCCUCGACGACCGUCACCUUCCUGGCCGCCGGCGCCUCGGCGACAUCAUAUGCAGUUGCCGACCGUCCGACGUUUUUCGUCUGCCGCCACCGCCGUCUAAACGACGCAUCAUCGGCCGCCACCGACCGCCGAAAUGACAGUGCUGAAGAACCGACGGAUGAUGGCCGGUCGUCCGUUUUCCGUGAAACGCUGCGUGGCGGCGCUCAUGGUGCUUGGCUUCCUGUCCAUAUUCUAUUACACGCAUUACCUGAGUUCACCGAUCGCCAGCUUACUGAUGCGACGGGAACGCAAAAUGGUUCGGAUGCGACCGUAUGGCAUGUGCCCUCACUUCCAAUCCACACCGCCAACGGAUCACAGACCGCCUCGCCAAGGAUCAGGCGAUGGCCGUCCUAGGACCGACCCUAAGUUGUUAUUACUCGUUGAGACUGCAUACCCGAGACUCGGCAGGGAACUAGCCGAGACACUCGUCCAUAAUAGACUGAGAUAUAAAAUGGAAGUGGCCGGCAAAUCGUUACCGGCGCUGACGAAUUUGGACAAAGGCCGAUAUUCCGUCAUCGUGUUCGAGAAUUACCACCGGUACCUGAACAUGGACAAAUGGAACAGAGAGCUGUUGGACAAGUAUUGUAGGGAAUACGGGGUCGGCAUAUUGGGAUUUUUUCCGCCAGCCAACCGCCACAUGACCAGCGUCAAGGUCAAAGGGUUUCCGUUGUACUUGCACACAAAACUAUCUCUCAGGGUUUGUAUAUAUGAAUAUUACUUGGUCCUUGAUAGUAUCAAACUAUAUAAUAAUAAUAAAAUUUAUACAUUUUUUUCUUGGUUAAGAGGAUGACCCUUAUCUGUUUAU